UGGACAUACAAUGACCAUGAAGUGGGAGCAGCGGCUGGACUACGUGCUGGUGCCGCUGGGCCUGGCGGUGAUGGUAGGCUACCACCUGUGGCUCCUCCUCCGCAUCCGGCGCCGCCCCGCCACUACCGUCAUCGGCAUCAACGCCAUCAACCGCCGCAUCUGGGUGCGCCAUAUCAUGGAGGACCCCUCUGGUAAGCACGCCGUGCUGGCUGUGCAGACCAUGCGGAACUCCAUCAUGGCCUCUUCCGUGCUUGCCACCGUCGCCAUCACCCUCAGCUCCCUCGUCGCCGCACUCAUGGCCAGCGGCGCCGCCCACGGCCUCCUCUCCGGAACCGCCGACGCCCUCAACAAUAGCGACAACAACAACAAGAACAUCGUGGUGGGCGCGGCGGGGGUGGCGGCGCUGUCGGCCAAGUUCCUCGCCAUUCUCGUCUGCUUCCUGGUGGCGUUCCUCCUCAGCGUGCAGUCCAUCCGGUACUACAGCCACACGGGCAUCCUCGUCAACGUGCCGAUCCAGUCGCACCGCCUUCGCCACCCAGGCCUCGCCGUUGACUAUGUCACCUCGACGCUCAACCGCGGCAGCUACUUCUGGUCCCUCGGCGUCAGGGCCUUCUACUUCUCCUGCCCGAUGUUCCUGUGGCUCUUCGGGCCCAUCCCCAUGUUCGUCGCCUGCGUCGCCAUGGUCUGCUCGCUUUACUUCCUCGACGUCUACAAGGAGUGGGACAGGACGGAGAAGGGCGAGCCCAUCAUCGCUGACCUCGGCCACGAGGACGAGGAAGAAGCGACGACGACCGUCGCCACUUCUGUCUAGACCCAACACGUACCGCGGCUGGCUAUCUCGAUGAUUCAACUUCUCGUUGAAUUUAUAUCGAUGGCUGGGAUUUAGCUUACCACUACUGUGUACGCUGUACCAAAUAAUGCGUCGAUUCCAAGACUUA